AAACAAACCAUUAAAAUGACAGUAGGCUGAACAUAGAGUACAGACAUAAUGAACAGUCAUCGAGGCAGUGAGUUAGAGAGAUGUCAGUCACCUCUGCAGGAAGGCUUCAAAGCGACGGCGAUAGGCAAAGCCAGCUCUCCUGACCCUCAGGUUCUCCAUCAGACCCAGGUACUUCACCUGGUGUCGGACCAGAACUUCAUCAAACCUUCCUGCAGGGGGAGAUAUCAUUAACCUCUGACUCAUACAAGAUUGGCAAAUCUGAUGGUACUCAUUAUAUACUAUACGAAUGAUUACAUAUGGCAAGUCCUCAAAAUUAUUACUUUAUUGAGAUCAUCCCUAAGAGAUUCUUGAGGGUUAACUAGACUAAUGUCUGCCUGGAGCUAUCUGCAGCAGCUAACAUCUACCCGGAGCUAUCUGCAGCAGCUAACAUCUACCCGGAGCUAUCUGCAGCAGCUAACAUCUACCCUGAGCUAUCUCACCAACCACAGCUUUCAGUAUGCCACCAAAGAAGGUGCAGAUGGACAGCAAAGAAGGAAAACCAGAGGAGGAUCUGGUCUCUCUUGCUCAGGUAACAGAGUUACUAAAUCAGCAGAAAGACAUGUUUACUGCACUCUUACAGCAGCAACAGGAGAACUUCAGAGGCUUUGUUAAAAUGAUUAUGGAUUCCACUAACACAAGGCUGGAUGCCAUUACAAGGGAGGUUCAGGAAAUCAGGUCUAGCAUUCAAUUUACUCAAAAGGAUACAGAUGACAUGAAAACUCAAAAUGUGAAACAGUCUUUACACUGUGAGUCUAUGCAAGCUAACAUCUUGAGAAAUAGUGACGGCCUGUCAGCUGUCACUGACAAAAUGAAAUAUGCAGAAGGACAAUCGAGAAGGAGCAACGUGGUUCUUGACGGCAUCGGUGAGGAGCCUGGGGAGGCCUGUGCGCAAACUGAGGAAAAGGUGAAAGACAUUCUUGUGGACAAACUCCAGCUUCAACGAGGCAUUGAGAUUGAGCGAGCUCACCGCACUGGGAAGCCAGCCACUAACAAUACCAGACCCAGACCCAUAUUAGUGAAGUUCCUGGGGUACAAGGACAGAUCAGCGGUUUUGGAGAGAGCCAAAAAUCUAAGAGGGACGAACAUCUACAUUAAUGAAGAUUACACUGAAGCAGUCAGAAGGAAAAGGAAAGAGCUACUCCCUAAAUUGUAGGAAGCGCGGGAGAGGGGAGAGAUUGCCUUCCUGAGGCAUGACAAGCUGAUAAUCCGCCCCCCACAGCACUCCAGAACCUAAUUGUAUCACUGGACUUUUAAGGUAUAUCUGAUAUGAACUAAUUAUGAACACAUGACAAUAAUGUCACAUUCUGUUAAUCUGCCAAAGAAGGGAAUGUUACUUGCUCACUUGAAUGUGUGUAGUUUGAGGAAUAAGGUGCAUGAACUCUGCCAUUUGGUAGAAUCAAAUAAUAUACACAUACUGGCUAUCUCAGAAUCACACCUGGACUCAUCUGUUGAUGAUUCAAAGGUUGCAAUGCAUGGUUACAAUCUGUUCAGAAAGGAUAGAGAUAAGAAUGGUGGCGGAGUUUUGAUCUAUGUACAAAAUCAUAUUCCAGCUAAAGUACGAUACGACCUAAUGAAAAAUGAAAUAGAAGCUUUAUGGUUACAAAUACAAUUGCCAAAUUUAAAACCCAUAUUAAUUGGAUGCUGUUAUAGGCCACCGAGUGCCAAUUCAAACUAUCUAGAUGGUAUUUGUGAAAUGGUAGAUAAUACAGCUGAGUGUAAUAGCGAAAUAUAUUUCAUGGGAGACCUGAAUAUCAAUGCCUUCAAUGAGAAAUGCCCCAUGUGGAACAAGAUUGCAUUAGCUGCCAAAAUGUGUAAUAUGACUCAGGUAAUAACAUCACCAACCAGAAGGGCUACAAAUAAACAUGGGGCUAUUACAACGACCUGCAUUGACCACAUCUAUACUAACAGG